AUGAACAAUCUAGUAGACUACGGUGCGGAUAGUGAUGAAGAAUCGCCACGUCGACGGUCCAGCGAAGGACACUCGAGUAUGACACAAAAAUUCCUGGAGCAUAAUAAAAAAGUAGAGAAGGAGGAGGCAGAGAAACGGAAAAGAAGGUCUUCGGAUGUUUAUGCAGAAAAUUCGGACCAGUCGGAUUACGACGAGCCAACGCCACAGAUAUUCUCCGAGCCACCGCCACCAAAACGAGUGGAUUAUCAUUCACCAACUCCUGCUCUCAUUAACACCUCAAUUCGGGAUGCCACAUGUAAGUUUUCAAGGAUUUUCGAAACAAAAAGUUCUCAAACUUUCCUUUUUCUUCACACUUCCUCCCAAGCAUCUCUGGUCUCCUAUUCCGCCGAUGGUGACGAGGAAGACGAUGAUUCUGCAGAAUAUAUUCCCCAGAAAGUCGUUGAAAUGGCGGAACCAGCACCACCAGCUCGUAAAAGCCGGAACAACGAAGAGGAAGAUGAUGAAGAGCAAAAAUUGAUUGAUAUGGCGAUCCGAGAGGGAAACGAGGCAAUAAUGAGAAUGAAUCAGAAUGAGGUAUCUCCAGGAAACACUCCUGGACAUGACUCAGUUGUUGAUUCGCCAUUUAAUGAGAUUGAGAACUUGGAAAGAACACCCCGCCAAGCAGCUCCAGAUGGGUCACCGAAUGCUGACGAUGAGAUUCGUAUCCCACCACCACCGGACGUUGAAGUCAAUCCGAGACUCGUGGCAGUCUUCGAAAACGCGUUCCGUCAAAAAGCUCAAGGAGCCGAUCUGAAUCAGCAAAUCCAGGGAAAUCCCAAGUACAACAACCCAAUGAUCUACACAACGUUCAUCGAGACUUUUGAUAUCGACGAGAAGGGAACGAAUUUCCCAAAGAAUAUCUUCGAUCCACACGUGUUUCCGGAGAAUUGCUAUUAUGAUGCGAUUGGAGAGGAGCAGAGGAAGAUGCAGGAACCGGUGCAGAAGAAAAAAUGA